AUGAAGACUCUCGCAGCGACCCUCCUUUUCGCUGCAUCGGCAGCGGCUCAGGCUGGCCCCUGGGCCCAGUGUGGCGGCCAGGGACACACAGGUGCAACGACCUGCGUCUCGGGACAUUACUGCAGCGUCAUCAACCCUUGGUAUUCGCAGUGUCUGCCCGGCACGGCUCCCGGCGGCCCCCCUCCUCCGCCACCCACCACUCCCGUCCCACCUCCACCCCCUGUGACGACUGUCAGCCCUCCGACAACAACUCCUCCAACUGCACCGCCGCCGCCGGUGACACCCGGCACUUGCCCUGCUCUGCCCAGCGGCCUCGGUCCCGCAAACGCGAACCUGCCCAACCCGUUCGUUUUCCAGAACGGUGCCGCUGUCACAACCAAGGCCGAUUGGGCAUGCCGCCAGCGCGAGAUCAGCGCCCAGAUUCAGACCUACGAGCUGGGAACCCUUCCCGGGAAGCCGCAGUCCGUCACGGGAUCAUACUCGGGCAACCGACUGACGAUCAACGUCUCUGACCAGGGCCGGUCCAUCUCCUUCGCCGUGACCAUCAACAAGCCCAGCGGCACGAACGUGCCGGCCAUCAUAGCGUAUGGUGCUGCCAGCAUCCCGGUCCCCGCGGGCGUCGCCACCAUCACCUACAACAACGACGAGGUCGCCCAGCAGCAGGGCGGCUCCUCGCGCGGCCGCGGCAAGUUCUACGACCUGUACGGCAGCUCGCACAGCGCGGGCGCCCUGACGGCGUGGGCCUGGGGCGUGGCGCGCAUCAUCGACGCGCUCGAGGCGACGCCGGCCGUGGGCAUCAACGCCGUGCGCGUCGGCGUGACGGGCUGCUCGCGCAACGGCAAGGGCGCCAUGGUGGCGGGCGCGCUCGAGCCGCGCAUCGCGCUGACGCUGCCGCAGGAGUCGGGCGCCGGCGGCUCGGCCUGCUGGCGCAUCGCCGACUGGCAGAAGCAGAACGGCCAGAACGUGCAGACGGCGUCGCAGAUUGUCGGGGAGAACGUCUGGCUCGGCACGGCCUUCAACACGUACACGAGCAACGUGCGCGCGCUGCCUUUUGACCAUCACAUGCUCGCCGGUCUCGUCGCGCCUCGCGCGUUGUACGUCAUGGAGAACUCGGACAUGGAGUGGCUCGGCUGGACUGCGACGUACGGCUGCAUGGGCGCUGCGAGGAAGCAGUGGGAGGCUCUCGGUGCCCUGGACAACUUUGGCUACAGCCAGGUCGGCGGAAAUUCGCACUGCUCGUUCCCAGCGGCCAAGCAGGGAAGCGAACUGACAGCGUUCAUCAACAAGUUCCUGCUGCAGUCGGGCGGUGGCACGACGAGCAUCUUCCGGACGGAGAAGAACCAUGGCAGCUUCAACCUGAACACGUGGGCUUCGUGGAGCGUGCCCACUCUGACGUGA